AUGCUGCGCAAAACACUCCUCGGGCUCUCCAAGGCCAUCCCCAUCAACCCCCGUGUGGUGGCGGCGCAGUACGCGGUGCGUGGGCUGAUCCCCAUGCGGGCGGACGAGAUCAAGAAGGCGCUGGCGACGCCGGAGGGGAGGGCCAAGUACCCCUUCUCCAGCCUUGUCUACUGCAACAUCGGCAACCCACAGGCGCUGGAGCAGGCGCCGCUGACGUUCUUCCGGCAGGUGAUGUCGCUGAUCGACGCGCCGUUCCUGCUGGAGAACGAGCAGGUGACGUCGCAGUACCCGGCGGACGCCGUGGCGCGUGCGCGGGAGUACCUUGGCCACAUCGGCAAGGGCACGGGCGCCUACACGGACUCCGCGGGCUACGCCUUUGCCCGCGAGAUUGUGGCGCGGCGCAUCGACGAGCGCGACCACGGCGCACAGC